AUGUCUAGCGCAAACAGCAUUAAGGUCGUGGCCCGAUUCCGGCCCCAGAACAAGGUCGAACUGGAAUCGGGCGGCCAGCCCAUCGUCGCCUUCAAUGGCGAGGAUACCUGUACCCUCGACUCCAAGGAGGCGCAGGGUAGCUUCACCUUCGAUCGAGUCUUCGACAUGAACUGCAAGCAGGCCGACAUUUUCGACUUCUCCGUCCGCUCCACCGUCGACGAUAUCCUCAACGGCUACAAUGGAACCGUCUUCGCCUACGGUCAGACCGGUGCCGGAAAGUCUUACACAAUGAUGGGUUCCAGCAUCGAGGACGAGACCGGCCGUGGUGUCAUCCCCCGCAUCGUCGAGCAAAUCUUCACUAGUAUCAUGUCCAGCCCCAGCACCAUCGAGUACACCGUCCGAGUCAGCUAUAUGGAAAUCUACAUGGAGAAGAUCCGCGAUCUGCUCGCCCCCCAGAACGACAACCUUCCCGUCCACGAGGAGAAGAACCGAGGUGUUUACGUCAAGGGUCUUUUGGAGGUCUACGUUUCGAGCGUCCAGGAGGUCUUUGAGGUCAUGAGAAGAGGUGGAAACGCCCGUGCUGUCGCCGCCACCAACAUGAACCAGGAGUCUUCACGUUCUCACUCCAUCUUCGUCGUCACCAUUACGCAGAAGAACGUCGAGACCGGCUCGGCCAAGAGUGGUCAGCUCUUCUUGGUCGAUUUGGCUGGUAGCGAAAAGGUUGGAAAGACGGGUGCUAGUGGUCAGACGUUGGAGGAGGCCAAGAAGAUCAACAAGAGUUUGAGUGCUCUCGGAAUGGUCAUCAACGCCUUGACUGACGGAAGAUCGUCCCACGUCCCAUACCGCGACUCCAAGUUGACUCGUAUCCUGCAAGAAUCCCUCGGUGGUAACAGUCGGACGACCCUCAUCAUCAACUGUUCUCCCAGUAGUUACAACGACGCUGAAACCCUGAGCACUCUUCGCUUCGGUACACGUGCGAAGGCAAUCAAGAACAAGGCCAAGGUCAACGCCGAGCUCAGUCCUGCCGAGCUCAAGUCUCUGCUCGGAAAGGCCAGAGGCCAGAUUUCCACCUUCGAGACCUACCUCGCGAACUUGGAGGGAGAGGUUCAGCUUUGGCGUGCUGGAGAGGCAGUGCCCAAGGACAAGUGGGUGCCGCCUAUUUCUGCAGAUGGCGUCGCCGGAACCAAGGCUGAAGCCAAGGCUCGUCCGUCAACACCAUCCCGCCUUCUUCCCGAUAGCAGAUCCGACACACCAGCCAUCUCAGAGCGAUCCGGAACACCAGGCCCGCCACUUGACAAGGAUGAGCGAGACGAGUUCCUGCGCCGCGAGAACGAGCUCCAGGAUCAGCUCGCCGAGAAAGAGUCCCAGUUCACCACAACAGACAAGGCUCUGCGAGAGACCAAGGAAGAGCUCACCUACCUCAAGGAGCACGAUGCCAAGACGGGCAAGGAAAACGAGAAACUCCACGCCGAGGUCAACGAGUUCAAGAUGCAGCUUGAGCGCUUGCACUUUGAGGGCAAGGAGGCGCAGAUCACCAUGGACGCUUUGAAGGAGCAGAACGCCGAGUUGACGACGGAGCUCGACGAGGUCAAGCAGCAGCUCCUCGACGUCAAGAUGAGUGCCAAGGAGACGAGUGCUGUUCUCGAUGAGAAGGAGAAGAAGAAGGCCGAGAAGAUGGCCAAGAUGAUGGCCGGUUUCGACCUUGGCGCCGACGUGUUCAGCGACAACGAGAAGGCCAUCACGGAGGCCAUUGCUCAGCUGGAAGCUCUGCACGAGAUUAGCUCCACUGGAGAGAUCGUCAACCCCGAUGAGCUUAAGGCGCUCAAGUCACGAUUCGUCGAGAUUCAAGGAAUUGUCCGGCAAGCUGAGCUUUCCGUGUACAGCGCUUCCUCCAGCGAGGCGGACGCCCGCCGCCGUGCCGAGCUUGAGGAUCGCCUCCAGACUCUCCAGCAGGAGUACGAGGAGCUGCUCACCCGUAACCUGGGAGAGACCGACGUCGAGGAGAUCAAGUCUCGCUUGGAGAGUGCUUACUCCGACAAGCAGACCACCUCCAUGCAGCUCGUCGAUGAGCUCAAGGCCGAGAUCGCCCAGAAGGCCGCCGAGAACUCCAAGAUGAAGGCUCUCAUCGAGGACCUCCAGCAGAGAGUCAAGGCUGGCACUGCCGCCCCCAUGACCAACGGCAAGUCCAUUCAGCAACAGAUUGCCGAGUUCGACAUUAUGAAGAAGAGCCUCAUGCGCGAUCUUCAGAACCGCUGCGAGCGCGUGGUUGAGCUUGAGAUCUCGCUCGACGAGACAAGAGAGCAGUAUAACAACGUGCUCCGGUCAUCCAACAACCGGGCCCAGCAGAAGAAGAUGGCCUUCCUCGAGAGGAACCUCGAGCAGCUCACCCAGGUGCAGCGCCAGCUCGUCGAGCAGAACUCGGCGCUCAAGAAGGAGGUCGCCAUCGCUGAGCGCAAGCUUAUCGCUCGUAACGAGCGCAUCCAGAGCCUCGAGAGCCUGCUACAGGAUAGCCAGGAGAAGAUGGCUUCGGCCAACCACAAAUUCGAAGUGCAGCUCGCUGCCGUCAAAGAAAGGUUGGAGGCUGCCAAGGCUGGUAGCACUCGCGGCCUGAACUCACCCUCCCUUGGAGGAUUCAGCUUCUCCGGAGCCGGCAGCCGCAUUGCCAAGCCCCUCCGUGGCGGUGGUGGUGACAACCAGGGACCUUCUAUCCCCGUCAUCUCCAGCAUCCAGCAGAGCGAGGGUAACACCGGCAAGCGCAGCAGCUGGUUCUUCUCCCAGAAGUCCUAA